CCGGAGGGUCCGGGGGCCGCUCGGCGCCUGUUUAUUGUUCUCACCGCCGCUGCCGCGUUCUGCCUUUCCCGGCGCCUGCGGGGCCGCGGCAGGAGGGAGGGAGGGCGGACAGCAAGGCCGAGCGAGCAGAGCCCCUCCGCCAGCGGCGGCGCGGGGGCGGAGGUAGGAGGGAGCGAGCGGGCGGAGGCGCCGCCCGGGGGCCGUUAACCCGUUUCCGCCUCUCCGCAGCGCGAGCCCGGGCGGCGAGCGCGCGCGUCACGCCGGAGCGAGAGCGGGACAGCCCGGGAGCGGCAGCCCGGGAGCGGCCAUGGCCUACGCGUACCUCUUCAAGUACAUCAUCAUCGGAGACACAGGUGUUGGGAAAUCAUGUUUAUUGUUACAAUUCACAGACAAGCGGUUUCAGCCAGUCCACGAUCUCACUAUUGGUGUAGAAUUUGGGGCUCGAAUGAUAACUAUUGAUGGAAAACAGAUAAAGCUUCAGAUAUGGGAUACGGCAGGGCAGGAGUCCUUCCGUUCCAUCACAAGAUCAUACUACAGAGGAGCUGCAGGGGCUUUGCUAGUGUAUGACAUUACAAGGAGGGACACUUUCAACCACUUGACGACUUGGUUAGAGGAUGCUCGUCAGCAUUCCAACUCCAACAUGGUUAUAAUGCUUAUUGGAAACAAAAGUGAUUUAGAAUCUAGACGAGAAGUUAAGAAAGAGGAGGGUGAAGCAUUUGCACGAGAGCACGGACUUAUCUUUAUGGAGACAUCUGCCAAAACUGCUUCCAAUGUAGAGGAGGCAUUUAUUAACACUGCAAAGGAGAUCUACGAGAAAAUCCAGGAAGGAGUUUUUGACAUUAAUAAUGAGGCAAAUGGCAUAAAAAUUGGCCCUCAACAUGCU